GUGAAAUAAUAAUGCGGCACCGCCUGUAAUUCUGUACGUCUAGUGUUAUUUCUGAACGGCUGAUAUUUUGAGACAAUCUGCGCGUCGUCGUUUUUGUGCUUGCAACGCGUGUGUGUGUGUGUGUGUGUGUGUUCCCCAGGUGUGCUGCAGGCAGGUAGAUGACAUGCAGGGUGAGCCAUGGACCAGAUCACCUUCCAUUAUGACACGGUGCUGUCUGACGUUCACCUGUUGCUGCCCAACUCUCGCCACCUCAUGGCACGCCUCAACCGCGUAGGACAACCAGUUUUCAUCUCCCGGUUCAGAAUCCUGUGGGACGGAACGAAGCAGCGCACCUGUGACCUCGGUUCCCCCUGCGGAGGGGAAGAGUUAGACCGCAACACCCAGGAGGAGAGUGGAAGGGGAGAUGCUAAGGAGAGUGAGACUGGGGCUGACGGAGGAGUGGACAGGGAUGAGGACGGAGGGGCUGACGGAGGAGUGGACAGGGAUGAGGACGGAGGGGCUGACGGAGGAGUGGACAGGGAUGAGGACGGAGGGGUAGACAGGGAUGAGGACGGAGGGGUAGAACCACCCCUGGAUGAAGAUGGAGAUUUAGAGGUACCACGCAGGCCCAGACAAAGACUCUCUGAGAGGGACAGAGACAUGGUCUACCCCAUCCUCCUCAGCCAGGCAAGAAGAGAUGAAGAGGAGGAGGAUGAGGAGGAGGAGUGUCCUAGAGACGUCAUCAGGAUAGAACACACUAUGGCCACGCCUUUAGAAGAUGUUGGCAAACAG